AUGAGGAGAAAUCCUAAUUGGAUUGUGGGGCAACUUCAAGAUGAGGUGAGAGAACACUAUACAAUGAAUGUUACACAGAACCAAGUGUAUAGGGCCAAAAAAUUGGCUAAGAAGGUCAUUCAAGGUUUCUUAGAAGGGUGUAGGCCUGUUGUAGGUGGUGAUGGGUGCCAUUUAAAAGGACCCUGCUCAGGGCAAAUCUUAACUGCAGUUAGUGUUGAUGGGAACAAUGGACUUGCUCUAAAACAUUUGCUAUGGGCUGCUGUGAGGGCAACCACAUUGCCUUGGUGGGAAGCAGAGAUGGAUAAUAUGAAGGACGAUCCAGAUGCUUGGGGGUGGCUAAUUGAGAGGCCUGCAAAAAAUUGGUCAAUAUCUCAUUUUGCAACACACUAUAAGUGUGAUUUAUUGUUAAAUAACCGAUGUGAAAGCUUCAAUGCAGCCAUUAUUGAUGCAAGGGAUAAGCUAAUCCUAACAUACCUUGAGAGAAUAAGGAUGUAUAUUGUUGGUCCUAGAAUCCUCAACAAAAUAGAGAAAAAUAAGUUGGCAUCAAGUCAAUGCAUACCAAGGUUAGCUGGGGAGAAGAAAUAUCAAAUAAGUCAUAUGUCUGGGGGAGAAUUUGUUGUAGAUCUAAGAGCAAAGACUUGCUCUUGUAGAAGAUGGGACUUAUGUGGGAUUCCUUGCCCAUAUGCAAUUUCUACUAUUUUCCAAAGAAAUGAAGACAGAGAGGAUUAUGUGGAUAAAUUGUACAAGAAAAAGGCUUACUUAAAAACAUAUGGCCUUAUCAUUGGACAUGUUCCUUCCAUUGACCAAUGGCCAAAGAGUAGUUUACCUGCAAUUAAGCCUCCCCACUUCAUAUUCCAACCUGGAAGGCCAAGAAAGGUGAGGACAAAAGCAACAGGGGAUGUGGAAAUAUCAGCUCUAGUACCGCCAAAUCCAAAACCACCGAACUGGAAACCAUAA